AUCCAAAAUAUUUAAAUGAUCAAUAUUAUAAAUUAAAUAAUAAAUCUGAUAUUUAUAGUAUUGGAGUUUUGAUGUGGCAAAUUUCAAGUGAACGUCGACCAAUUUAUAAUGAAGAUGAUGUUUUACAAGGAAGAAGAGAAGAGAUUAUUCAUAGUACACCAAUUAAAUAUAGUAAUUUAUAUACAAGUAAAUAA